ACUGUGCACAGAGGGGUGGCCUCUCCCUGUCUGUAGCCUCAGAGGAGGGCUCUUCCUGGACACCACUGGGGACUGAUUUUUAGGCUGACUCUGAGAACAUGAGCAAUAAGCUUCCUUAGAACAGGAAAAGCUCACAGGACAUCAGAUGAAGAAUGUACCACAGGACCCAGGCUGGUGAAGAGAGCCCCUCUCUGGGUGCUGAGAGUACAAAGAAGAAACACAGCCCCGGCCCUAAAGGAACUCCGGGUCUGUGGGGGAGGCCCAGCCUGACAUGCGAGUGACAUAUGAGGUGACACAUGUUUCCAGCAGCCACCAGCAAACCCCAGACGCCAAGCUCACACAGCAAGUCCUGAGUUCUGCCGCAAACCUCGGGGUGAAGCACCUCUCCUCUCCAGAACAUACCAGAAUGUUCCAGGACGACACCAUCAAGAAAGAAGCCCAGGUGAUGCUGAGAUGCAACCACCUCCUUCCCCAAGGCCAGGUACAGUCCCCACAUCCUGGUGGGGGUGGUCCUUGAAGAGGAGGGUGUCUGACCUGCACAGUAAAUUCAAGAAUUGGACCCAGGCUUCAGCACUGCAGGCCUCCAGCUCUCAGGAUACGGCUGGGAAGGAGAAAGAAUCAAGGCCAAAUGGCUUCACCUGCCACGGGGACCUGUUUCUGACUCAUCUAGUGGGCGGAAAAAAACCAUCUCAUCUGCACACGGACUUAGUGACCUGUGAGCAGCUGGUACCACGAGGUCUCUCUAGGAUGACCACGCUGCCUCCCAAGCUGCUGGGGUUACAGAUGUGCACCAUCGAGCCCAGCUGGGAGACACUUUCUGAUCCAGGAGCUGCCUUGGGCGAGACCCUUCUCCCAUCUGGGGGCAUCUGCCUGGGCUUCGUCCAUCUGCAGGAUGAGGGAUCGGAUGGGACACUUUCCUGGUUCUGGCAGGUCACGUUUCCUUAUUCUGCGAUGUGUGGGCCCUCCUCCAGGGAGGGCUGAGCUCAGCACAGGCAGAGGGAGGAUCACAGAGAAACUCCCCUCACCUCUGUGCAGCUUGGGGCUGCUCCCCAGGAGGCAGGUGCUCCUCCAGGGACCCCAUGCUCUCUGGAAUGCGUGUCCCAGAUGAGGAAGAUGGGGAGCAAGAUGGAAAGAAAAGAGAACUGGAUAUCUGUUGAGUGAACAAAGGAAAAGAUGAACGAAUGAAUGAAGCGUGCUGUGGAGGAAGCCUCAAGUCCACACCAAGGCUCCCCCCAUGAACAGCUGUGGCCUUGGUCCUGGAAUGAGUCUCCCUGCCUGGGCUUUGUCCAGGGCACACUGGGAAAAGAAGAGGGGGAGGGGCAUUGUGAGUUUAUCCAGGGGCUCAGCAAAUAGCGCCAGGGACCCAGGUUAUCACAACAGAAGGGCGCCUCCGAUUCUCUGAAACACGGUCAGCUCUUAAAGAGACACCAAACGGGUUACAGGACAUAGAUAAACAAAAAUGACUUGUGCUGCACUUUGGAAGGCCAGUGUCAGGGCUUUCGUUUCUGUUUUGCAGCCGGGUCUCCCACUCAGCUGGCUAGGACUGCAGUCAGUGCCCUGAUGUGUCUUACUAAAGUCCAGGGUGGCAGUGGGUGGAGGUUUGAGAACUUACUCAGCACAGCACUGGGACCCCCGGCCCCCACCAUGGGGUCCCAAAGAAGCUGCACCUUCUGGGAAUCUCUUGUUCAGUGGCCAGCAUGGAGGAUGGAGGUGGGGGGCAGACUCAGGGGAAGCCAGGUCCUUCCCCCACCUCCCCCCUGAGCAUCUGGAGGCCCUUGCCCACCACUGGACUGUAACUCACCCACUCCCACCAGUCAGUCCAGCCGGGGUGGAGGCCCUGGGAGGAAGGGCUGCUCUACUGUGAGGAGGCAGCUUCUCUUACAGGACUUGUUUCUUUCUCUGUUCUCACUGCCCUGGGCUGUCAGGCUCCCUAAAGCUCACAGCAUCUAGCCCUCUGUUCCGGAAAAAAAAUUGACAGAUGGCAGGAUGUGGGAGGAGGACAGAAAGGACAGAGAGAGCUCUCCACCUUGGAAAUCAUUCCAAAGAAAGAAUCCACACCCAUCCUCGGAUCUCCAAUCCAGACCUUGUACUUCUACAUUGGAAAGUCCUUCCCAGUGUCUAAAUCCAAUCCCUUCUGCUGCAUCUGAACCCAAGGAGAGACCAGUCCUGGGACAUGGAAAAAGUGCAGUCUUAUUAUUCUCCCAGCCUCUGGCUGUUCUCCCCAACUUGCCACCAGUGUCGUGCUCAGAGCUGGAAAAAGAAAACAGGGACAGCCAGCAGUAAUGGGCCUUGGGGGACUCAAGCAGGACACGCGCCACAGCCACAGGAGGCGAACAGUGAACAGUGGCAGCAGGGGACACAGGCCGAGGCUACCCUCCCCAGCGGAUACAAACACCUCAAUCUGGGCCAUUUGGAAGGCCCCAGCUUUCCAGUCGCACAAAGACCUGAACUUCCACGCUUCUCCCCCUCUCCCCGUCCGUCCUAUGUGGCUGGCACCCACGGUCUCCAACAUGGCACACUGGUGGGCCAGGGAGGCAUGGCUCAAGGCAACAAAAUACUGCCACCGGCUUUUGACUGGCAGAGAUGGUCUGGGAGUGACUCACACUGACGUGUCUGCAAAUCACAUGGCCUCUAAGAACCUCAGUUUCCUCAGCUGUAGGGCCGCUCUGGGCCCCACCCACCUCCCAGUGAUUCCACGGGUACCACUGGCCGUGGCUCUUACAGUCUCCCCUCCACGCUUCACCACCAUCCUCAGACAAGGGUUUCCAUCUCCUCUGCACAGAGGUACCUGGGGCCUUGCCCAAGGGCAGGCACCUAGGGGCUGGAGUUGAAGCCCAGGAACUGCAGCCCAGGCCAACCUCCUGUUAUGUUUUUAGCUUGUUUGUCUCAUGACCUUUAUUUUUAGUUUUAUUGACAAUGAUUGUAUAUGACUAUGGGGUGUUAAGUGAUUUUUUUUUUUUAAAGAACCAGGGAUUGAACUCAGGGGCGCUCGACCACUGAGCCACAUCCCCAGCCCUAUUUUGUAUUUUAUUUAGAGACAGGGUCUCUCAGAGUUGCUUAGCGCCUCACUUUUGCUGAGGCUGGCUUUGAACUUGCAAUCCUCCUGCCUCAGCCUCCCAAGCUGCUGGGAUUAUGCCACGGCAUCCAUCGAGUGACCUUUGAUAUAUGAAAGCAUUCUGCAAUAAGCAAGUCUCUACAUUUGAAGCUGUUCAAGUGAAUCCUAAAGCAGGGGCUUUGUGUUCAUGCUUGGAUGUUCCCAAGGGGCUGUGAGGAAGCUGAGGGUCCACUCCCCAGUGUCCUUUAUGGCCUGAGUUUCCCAAACUCUAGUGUCUAUAUGAAUCACCUUAGGUCCUUUAAAAAUUCAGAUUAUGAGUCAACAAGCCUAGGAAGGGGUGGGGCUGGGAUUCUGCAAUUCCAACAAGCUCCCAGGAAAUGCCAAGGCUGCUCGUCCUUGACCACACACACAGAGUAGCCAGAUCCAGUGGCACACAGCCCAAUAUCUGCACAAAAGUAGCUCUCUCCACCCUUGUUUGGGGAGGAGGGUGAAGGAGGAAGCCCAGAAAAACAAAGGCAUUGUCCCGGAUCGUGCAGGAAACAGGAACACAACAGAGUCCCGCAGCGUCCAUCACACAUCCAUCCAUGUGAUCUACUGCCCCUAAUGGAGAAACACCUCCCUGGAGCCCCCGUCCAGCGCCGGCUACUGAACCAGGGUCACUCGGGUGAAUCUGGGGUCACACGAAAUGACCACGCAGACACGGGACACCUUUUUCUGGGCAUCAGGAUGGCUUUCCCGGCUCCCGGCCUCAAGCUCCCACAAAGGUGAGGGGGGCGGUAGGAGAAAAACGAGAGGCCGGCGAGAGAGAGGGGGCACCUUCUGAGGCUCGGCUUUUAUUUCCGGGGGGAGCUAAUCCAUGGAACAUUCUAUCCAAAAAAGGGCAAAAGGGUAGGAUUACAAGAAACAGGUGGGUGUAAUCCAACGCCAUCUGGUGACGCCCACUCCCAGGGCUGCACCUUUCCUAUCCCAGCGGAGGUCAAGUCCACUUGCAUGGCAAUGGGUGCAAUACCAGUCCAGGACCUCUUUUCUCAGGACUUAAAGGUGUGUGCAUAGCUCCUGUUCAGGGCAACCCCCCGACACCUCCCCACAUGGGGAGAGAGAGUCUGGGAGCUGGGCAGCAGAAGAGAGAGGGCCAAGAGGCUGCCCCGCAGCUCUACAGUGCAUAUCUCAGUACCACUGGAAAGCACUACAGAACCAUGCUCCUGCUGGAGGCCCUAUCAGCUGGCAAGGUGAGGAGGGCAGGUUAUGUUCUCCCAUUUCACAGGCAGGAGAACUGAGGCCCAAGGCUGUGGCUUGUCUGGUUGUGUUUGAGCUAAGACUGAGCACAGUGUUCCUCCUGUGGACAUGGUGUCCCUGAGACCCACAUUGCACCAUCCCAAGACCCUGCUGGGCUGCCCCUUCAGCCCACCCCCACCACUCAGCCCCGUGGGCCUCGUGGGAUUAUUUCUGUGAGGCUAGCAACACCUCCUGAUUUAGCUUCUCCUGCACCUGUGACUGAGGCAGCUGUGUAAAUGAGCACACGCAGGCUCUAGGGCUAGAAAGAAAGUAGGCAGGGCCUAAAAGAAACCAGGCAGCAGGCCAGGCCAGACUUCUCAGAAAUCUCAGCCUUCUUUAGGUGCACCAAUUUCUCUUGCUAUCUGCAAGAUUUUGUCUUAUCUUCCUUUUGGCCUAGAAGAUCCCCAAGGACAGGGGCUAUGGUUCUCCACAAUCUGGAAAGCCCUGCGGACAGUGGCCUAGCACAAAUAGCAUCCACCUGGUUAUGUGGCAGGGACACAUUCAAAUCUCAGUUUGGCUACUUACUAGUUGGGUAAUGACUUUGAAAUUACCUUAUAUCCAUGGUUCUCUAUGGUUAUAUUUGUAAUGGGGUGUUGACACCACCAGGCUUGCAGGACUAAGUAAAAUCAGAUAUGCUACCAAAGAGGUCACCCAACGCUGCAGCUGACAUCAAGGAGCUACUCAACACACUAGUACUCCCUCUUCCGAAAGACCAUAAGGCUUCCUUCCUAGAGACCCACUGGUGCCAGCCUCAGGGCCCCCAGAGUUGCUGGAAGCAGCAACCUGCUUGAAGGGAGCAGUUACUGGAAGGGAGGUGUCCACCUGAUAUUUCGGAGGCAGGUGCCCCAGGCACUACACCCAGAACAGUGGCAGAGCACACUGUCAUCUAUUCCUAGGGCUUUCUGCACCUCCUGGCCCUACCAAAGUCACUUCCCCAAGGCCAGCCUACCAAUGGCAGGCUUGGCGUGCUGGAUCAGGAACUCUCAAAGCCACACUGUCCAUCCCAACCACAAGAGAGACAGACACACACCUGCACGCCACCACCCAGCCAUCCCCCUCCCUCCCACUGAACAGCAGGAAGAGGAAGGAACGAGCUCCGUGGUCCUGGAGGGAGAUGAUGGGUUGGUUACACAUCUGUUCUCACACACAUUUCUCUCCAUGAUCCCAUGAAGCAGAUGUCUUCGGUUCCAUUGGGCAGAUGUGGAAACUGAGGCUCCAAAAGAAUGAUCGAGUAAUGGCAGAGCCAGGAUCGGGGGAUGAGCUCAGCCAGCCUGAAUCCACAGCCCAUGUGUUGCCCCCGCCCCCGGAUGCACUGUGCCUCCCUCCCUCUGCCAGACCCUGCGGGUCCCCAUCAUUGGAUUCUUGCCAGCAUCCACCCAGAGAAGUCAGCCUGUUUACUGAUGAGGAUGCAGGUCCAGAGAAGGCGAGGCGGCCAGUCCCAGGACCAGAUUCAGGCCUCCCGGUUCCCAGCCGCAAGUCUCCCUGUACCCAGGAGAGAAGUGACCCUCCCCAGUUUGGGUGGGGGCUCCCUGUCUGUGAUUCUCCUCACAGGGGUUUCUCUUGACCAUUUUUCUUGGGGUCUUGACUGUGGGCUGAGAGCAGACCCAGCCACACGGCGGCAGGACGUUCAGGGCCUAGGGAAGUUCCCCUCCCUGCAAGGCGGACUUCCUCCUCACACCCAGCCCCUACACGGAGGUCCCGGGGCUGCAGGGUCCUUGACAGCACAGUGCCAGCCUACCCUGGCCACCACAGUGGCGCCCUCCCCACUCCAGCAGUCUCCUGCUCCUGUGUGCAGGUCGCCGGGGCAGGACUGCCCUUCUGUAGGUCCCAUGCUCACUGGUCGUGAUGGCUCCUCUCCCUGCAGCUGGGAGCCGUCCACAGCUGCCGCAGGUGGUAAGCAGCGUGGCACGCGAGGGAAGAGCUUUCUCCUCAAACACCGGCUCCCCUGCCAAGCAGGCAGCGCCAUCUGCUUCCGGACCCUCCACUCCUAUCUCCCCAGAACAGCUCCUCUGUCUUUCAGGUCUCUCCUCCACUCACAUGUCCCCAGUCCUGUGACCCACAUCAGCUCCUGCUGUCCCCUCAGUGCCAGGCCAUCAGGCCAGCCCAUGGGCAGUGCCUGGGCUGCAGACCGGAUUCAUACCCCCCACCCCACCCCCAAACACACACACCCCCAGAGCCAGUGCUGAACAGGGAGGCCAUUCACCCUUCCUUCCUGUUCCCAGACAACUCUUAGUGGCAGGAAUUGGAAUUAUGCCCAUUGUAUAAACACAGAUCCAAGACCCAAGGAGGUAAGUGAUUUACCCAAGGUCGCCCAGCAGGUGUUGAAGUCAAGGCUCAAAUACAGGUCCUUUCAUUCAAUCACACAGUUAUUCAUUCGCCAAUUCUGGUCACACUUAGCAGCGUUACCGUGAGCGAGUUGUUAAACCUCCCUGGGCCUCAGAUUUAUGUGUGGAAACGGGAAAUGUUAUACUAUUCAUAUAAAAUACUUCUAGUGCCUCUUCAUAAAAUUGUGCAAGGACUGAAACAAGACCAUUCAUGCAAGUGUUCUGCAUGGGCCCAGCAAGUCCUGGGUGCUGAGAGCCACCCUAUAUCACUCAGGGAUUCACUGAAUACCAAACGCACUAAGCAACCGACUGGAUUCGGAGAUGAAUAGCUCACAUGGCUCACAGGUCAGCUCAGUUUGAGAGAGGCAUGUUUUUUUGUUUGUUUUGUUUUGUUUCUGGUACUGGAGAUGGAACCCAGGUGUGCUCUACCCCUGAGCUAUAUCCCCAGCCCUUUUAUUUUACGC